CUAUUUAUCUCGAUUUCUCUCUAGAGCCCUACGAAGUUGGAAAGAAAAGAGGCAAAAACCCAAAAGCGAUUUCGACGCAAAUCCCCUUUUAGUUUAUAAUUCCUCUCUUUUUUUCCCCUUGAAAGUUUCUCUCCUUAGUUUUGAUGGUUUGCCCUAUGAUUUCCCAUUGGGCUGAUUGGUUAUGAGAGGCCUCCCAUGCUUCGCGCGCUAAGAAGCCAACAAAGUUUGUUGGCAUUUGUAGGACAAAGAAGAUUUCGGUACCUUUUACCAUCCAUUCAGAUCAACAACUACUCAAUGAUAAGACAUCAUGGAUCACUUGUUAAGAUUGGAUAUAAUCCUUCCCUAUGCAGGAUAUUCUCAACAUUUAAGGCUCACGAUAAGGUCAAGGAAAAUUCAUGGAAGCGGAGUUGUGCCAAGAAGUUACUUGGUCUUGCAAAGAAUAGUUCUUUAACAACAAAUUAUGCCCAAUUACACUGGAAGAGCAAGGAUCUCGUACAUUCUUUCCACACUGCAACCUUUCCAUCUAUGAAGAGUUUGGAGCCUUGGAAGGGUAAUUGUGCCAAUAUUUCCUUUGGUCUAUCAAAGUUGAGAUAUUCUACAUCUUUUUCUGCUCAAGUAGUUGGGAAGCGGGUCAAUUUCCUUCGUCCAUACUAUACCCAUAUUUCCCCCCAUAUAAGAAGACUGUCAUGUGCUCUUAGCUUGUGUUUGACUAGAUUUCAUAUAGUUCCUGGUAUUCUUGCUUUAUUUGUUGGAGGGGCAGCAAGUUGUGGAAGGACUUGGGCUGAUGGAGAACACUUCCAAUCAAGGGAAGGAUUUUAUACUACGGCACAAGAUGGUUAUGAUUACCUAUAUUCUGUUCUUUAUUCAAUCUAUGAUGGGAUUAUAUUGAUUUUCAGAACCAUAUAUUUGGCAAUUUUGUUCGCUCCUGCCAUUGUAUUAGCUCCAGUUGUAGAUACAUUUGGCCUUCAGUUUAGAAAGACAUGGCUUCGUCUUGUGCAUUCAACUUUAGAAAAAGCAGGCCCAGCAUUCAUAAAGUGGGGUCAGUGGGCAGCUACUCGCCCUGAUCUCUUCCCAAAUGACCUGUGCAUAGAGCUGUCAAAGCUCCACAGCAAAGCACCAGCUCACAGUUUUUCCUACAGUAAAAUUACAAUUGAAAAGGCAUUUGGUCGCAAACUUUCUGAAAUUUUUGAGCACUUUGAGGAGAUGCCUGUAGCUUCCGGAAGUAUUGCCCAAGUGCACAGAGCUUCUUUGAUAAUUAGAUAUCCUGGUCAGCAGUUGAAGAAACCUAUUGAAGUUGCAGUAAAGGUUAGGCACCCUGGUGUUGGUAACUCAAUUAGGAGGGACUUUAUGAUUAUUAAUCUUGUGGCAAAAAUUUCGACCUUUAUUCCAGGAUUGAAUUGGUUGAGGCUGGAUGAGAGCGUACGUCAGUUUGGUGUUUUCAUGAUGUCUCAAGUUGAUCUUUCAAGAGAAGCUGCUAAUUUGAGUCGCUUUAUAUACAAUUUCCGCAGGUGGAAGGAUGUUUCAUUUCCAAAGCCCCUGUAUCCACUUGUACAUCCAUCAGUUCUUGUGGAAACAUUUGAGAAAGGAGACGGUAUUUCUCUUUAUUUCGAGGGUCUUGAAGAAAAUGCUCGCAUUAAAAGAGAUAUUGCUCAUAUUGGUACUCAUGCACUCUUAAAAAUGCUUCUGGUGGAUAAUUUUGUGCAUGCUGAUAUGCAUCCUGGAAAUAUCCUUGUCCGAGCACCUCAGAAAAAGGGUUCAAGGAAAAACCUGUUUAGAGCUAAACCUCAAGUUAUCUUUCUUGAUGUGGGAAUGACUGCAGAGCUUUCUAAAACUGACCAGGCAAAUUUGUUGGAUUUUUUUAAGGCUGUGGCAAUUCGAGAUGGCCGCACGGCUGCAGAAUGUACACUUAGAUUAUCAAAGAGACAGAGCUGCCCAAAUCCAAAAGCCUUUAUUGAGGAAUUGGACAAAACAUUUACUUUUUGGGGUACUCCGGAAGGUGACAUCUUCCAUCCCGCUGAGUGUAUGUACCAAUUGCUUGAUACAGUUCGGCGCUAUAAGGUCAAUGUUGAUAGCAAUGUGUGCACGGUGAUGGUAACCAUAUUGGUUCUCGAGGGCUGGCAACGCAAGCUAGAUCCAAACUACGACAUUAUGCACACACUGAAGACGUUAUUGCUUAAGGAAGACUGGGCACAACCCAUUGAUUACUUUUUUUCCUGAACAAUUUUGACAUCUGAUUAUAGGUCCUUCAAGUUAUACAGAACGACACUCAAAACCAGUUUUUUAGUUUCGGGUUCUUGUAAGAGAAGAAACUGCAAGCAGUGUGUAAAUUUAUGCACAACAGAAACAGGAAACUUUGAUUAUUUUACUUCUACAAACUGGAAAUGCAGCCAGCCUUUACCUUGUUAUAAGUGCAUGAAGAUGUAAGCAUUCAAGGGAUUACAUGAAUAUUUAUCAUCAUAAGGUUGUAGGGGAAAUAACUUACCUUUUAUAUCUGAACGGGUUGCUGAAGACUGUUUCUUUAUUUAGAGCUUCCAAGUUUCUAAGUAUGUAAGAGUACCCAGUUAUUAACAUGUUAUUUAUAUGCUUGGGCAGAGGGAGAGAGUAUCAGGGUGAUAUUAUAUUAUUUGGGUUUUUUUUUCCAA